UUGGCUGAAGUGGACCUGUUGCCAUGACGACGGCGAGGGGUUUGGUAGCGUUGCCGUGCGUUGUGUGAUCUGCGCGCUGCGUGUAUGGAGGAAGCAGCUGCUGAUCUGAUCUCUGACAUUGUGUGUGAGACAGACAAGACAUCUGAAUAAACUGCGCGCAGACGUGUCUUUAAAAGCACCGCACCGAGGCACGCCGUGCAUGAUUACCUCUUUGAUUUAAUGGGUCCAAUUAUUGGGAUGUCACCAGAUAAGAAAACGGAAAUUCCGGGUAUGCAAGAGGAGCGGGCAGGGCUCAGAGGUGUCUGCGGUGUAGGAACGCUGCCCGAGGCGGAGUGCGCGUCCAGUCCGCUGGCAACUAGCGUGGAUCGUACCGGAGGCACCGAGGAUGAGGAGCUCACUAACCUCAACUGGCUCCACGAGAACCUGCUUCAGAACUUUACUCUCGGGGGCCCCGAAGCUCAGACGAGCGGCAGCCCCCUCUUUGACAUAGAAGGAGACUACGGGUCGAACCAGGGCCCGUCGUCCUCCUCAUCUUCGUCACACAACAGAGGCAGGGAGAGGGAUUCGAUGAAGUCGAAACCACCUUUCUCAUUUUCCCUGCUCAUCUACAUGGCCAUCGAGCAGUCUCCCAGCAAGUCGUUGCCUGUCAAAGAAAUCUACGGCUGGAUACUCGAGCACUUCCCGUAUUUCUCCAACGCUCCCACUGGCUGGAAGAACUCAGUUCGUCACAACUUGUCCCUGAACAAAUGCUUCCGCAAGGUCGAAAGGAGCUUGGGAAAGGCCAAUGGAAAAGGGUCGCUCUGGUGUGUUGACCCUGAGUACCGCCCCAACCUAAUUCAAGCUCUUAAGAAGCAGCACUUCCCAGCCGCACAUGCCUUCUGCACACCACCCGCCUCCCCACCCAGUGCCUCCUCACCCCCUCGUCAUCUCUUUCUACAAGGUUGCUCAUUUAAAGAGUCUGACAUUGAUGCUGCCACUGCCAUGAUGCUCUUAAACUCUGCCCCUGGGCACCACGUUGACCCAUGCAAUUCUGACAGCCCUCUGGACCUCUCUCGGCCCGACUCUGUCUUGGUGAGCAGCGAUCCAAAACAGGACCACAACUACAGCAGCGCAGCCCUGCAACGCUGCUCCUCUCGCUCCUCCUCAUCUUCUCUUUCCUCCCUGGACGAAGGCGGCUGCGAACGUAGGCAGUCUCGCCGCGCCGGCAGCGAGGGUUUCCACAGCGACGAGGACUCCGACCUCUGGGACGAGAGGGGCAUUCACCAGACUUCUCGCCGUCCGCUCGCCGUCAAGUGGCCCCUUAGCAAGAGGGCGCGACGUGAAGUCAAGCCAGAGCUGGACGAGGAGCUGAAGGAAGCCGCCGGCUCCUUGCUGCACCUCGCCGGUAUACGCAGCUGCACGGAGGGCUCCAAACGCACUGUCAAGAGCACAAAACUUAGCAGGAAAUGAAUUUUCUUUUACCCCCAUAAGACCCUGGACCCAGUGAAACCCUAACCUCUGACCCCCUGUGUCCCAGUGUGCCUCCUUCUCCUAAUCUGAUCGUUCACUGGCCAUUUUGAGCCUUUUCUCUUUUCCUUUUUUUUUGGUUUGUUUGUUUGGGAGUAUCUCUGUCCAACAAAACAAAUGGCAAUAGUAUCGUUCACACAGGAGAACAAAGCCAUAUACAUUAACUCGGGGGUAACUUUUGAGGGUGGGUGUUUGGGCUUAUGGAGAACCAUCAAGAUACCUAUCCAAAACGACCUGCCUGCUUUCUGUUGGAUUAGAGGACUGUGAUUCAAGAAGUUUCCUCUCAAAGACAAAGUGACACAAGAAGAAAAAAAUAAAUAAAACAAAAAAAAGGCUGAAAGCUGGUUUUAUAACUCAAAGCGUUGCAUGCUUCCUCUUCAAACCCGUAUCCUCUUCCAAGUGAAUCUAUUUAUGAAGCGAACGAGUGCAUGUUUGUAACAGAUGAAAUCUAACCUCCUGGUGUUGACAUUUUCUCCUUUUAUUUUUCCUUUUUUGUUGGUUUUGUGCUAAAGGAAAAAUAAAUUACCACUGUUUGGAAAGGAGUUCCUGCUCUUGUAGAAGAAAAAAGAAAGAGAUGCAAUAAUUAAUCCUCAACCUUAACUUUCUGACAUUAUUCCAUGGUGGCAUAUAUCAGUCAAGUAUGCUAGUUAAACUUUACAAUUAAGCGAAUGAACGGAGUAGUAUUAUGAUCUUGUUAUGCGAUAAACUUACUACACGCGAGCCGCGUCUCGUUUUCAGGAUUAGCAAAAUGUGGAUAUAGUAUUACUCUGCCACUGCCAAAUUGAGUUGCAAAGUUAGCUAGGACUUUGCUUGAUUUUGCGCGGCCAUUGCAGCACAGCUGUUUUCUUUCUGUUUGUGUUUGUUCGUUUGUUUUCUUCCCAAUCCACUGUUAAUGGGACAUCUUUUCUCAUGUUUGGCGACAACCUAUGCAAAGGGUACAUCUGCCUUGUUUUGCCAGGUGUUCGCUGCGUGUUCAUAGGUUAUCCUCCAUAAAUUUUCUUUUUUGUGUGCACGUACACAUGUGCGUAUCACAGUGCAUGCCGACAUCAGCUGGACCCUUGGAUGACAGUCACGAGAAAGAGUUUAAAAAUUUUUUUAAUCCUUCUACUGACAAAUACAAUGAAUAUAAUGUACUAUCGUAAUGACACAUCUCCCUGCUACUGCUGUACUGUAAGAGCUGCUCGGUGCUCUGCUUGCUUUUGGGCUUUCUGAAUGCAGAGUUGGCUAAUAGUGAGGCGAAGGGGAAAACGGAGCGGAUGGUAAAUGACCGCCACGUCUCACGCCAAUAUUUGGAUUUGCAGUUUGAUUAUAUCUCUGGCCUUGUUUAUGAUACCUUGUACUUUAGAUAAUUACUAAGUUAUACAGGUAAUUCUGAGUUGGCUGAUCUUGUGGCCAAGUUAAUUCACAUCUUGAAGGAAGGUGUGUGUGUGUUUUUUGUUUUGGGGUUUUUUUCUGUUCUGAGACCCACAGCAUAGAGCAUCCAAAUGUAAAUAACAAGAAGGGGGACAGUAUAGUCACAAAGAAGUCAACUCUGUACACGCAGUUGCUCGCAGGCGAGAUGCUGAAGACGCUUGUUUGUGCUCUGUGCUGUGCCCUCGGUUUUGGCUGGCUGCUAGUUUUUCGUCCUUGCUCUUCCUCCUAGAACAAAAUAAGGAAGUGCACGUUCUCUUCUCAAGCUGUGAAAUGGAGUGUUUAUUGUCAGUUGAUUGCACGCGGUUCUCUGAGGGGAAGUUGCGAGCCACUUGCAUAGAAGGCCACAGUUUUCUGUUUUUUAAAAAACAAACAAACAAAAAAACCCAAAUAGAAGCAGCGUACAGUCAACAGUAGCAUAGAUGAGUGAUAGGAUAACAAGCUGGAAAAUGUAUCCCCCCCCCCUGUACUGGAUCACAUGGUGUGACUGGUAGUAUAGAGUGCAUGGUCGGUGCCAAACAUUUUGUCGUGCCACUGAUGCAAAACUGCAAACUGGCUGCUUUGUUUUUUUUGUUAAUAUCUAUAAACCCCUCCUACUGCCACACUGUAAUUGUGAUCUGGAGUUUUUGAAUCAGGAAACGGGCGAUGACUCUGGUCAGUACGGUGACAUAACCAAUCUUUUGGUUUACAUUUGUCGCUAUUGAGUGGGAACUGCUCUUUGCAGACUAAGCCGCAGUUCUCAGCUGAUAACCGAGUGCAUACACUGGUCUUGUUUAGCUGUGAAAAAGAAAAAAAAAAGAACAAAUUGUUGUUCAUUAAUCAUCACCUUAUUUAUGACUUUAAUUUAUGGGACUUUUUCCCCCGAACGCAUCAGACACUGGUUAUUUAAAAUAAAUGACUAGGCACAGUAAUUUUUUUCCCUUCAUUCUG